AGCAGCUACAUGCUUCUAAGCGAUAAAUGAGUUUGCUUAACCUGUAUACACUGUGUUGUAUAUAUUAUUCUAAUACUUUCUAGAUAUUUUACAUUUUCAUUAGGGAGUUUUCUUGUUUAAUUUAACCCUCAUUUCAGAGGGUUGCCUCUCUACAACAGUUUUUCGUCUUCUCUUUUCCAGCAGAAUACAUGGCUUCUCCCAGCGGACUCCUGUCUGAAGAGCAGUUCCAGUGCUCUAUCUGUCGGGAUCUGUUCACAGUUCCAGUCUCCAUUCCAUGCGGACACAGUUUCUGCGUGGCUUGUAUUAAGGGAUAUUGGGAUAGCAGUGUCCUGUGCCACUGUCCCAAAUGUCAGAGGAUGUUUGCAGGACGCCCGGAUUUCCUAGAGAACUCCUUCGCUAAAGAAAUAUCUGAAAAGAUCAGAGCAAAAAGAGGGACCCUAGAAGGGGAACCAACGAUCCAAUCCGGAGGCGUGGCUUGUGACGUGUGCACUGGACAAAAGGCCCUGAAGUCCUGCCUGGUGUGUCUGACUUCUUACUGUGAGACUCACCUGGAGCCUCAUCAGAGAGUGGCGUCGCUUAAGAGACACAAGCUGAUCGAUCCUGUGGGGAACCUGGAGGACAGGAUGUGUGAGAAGCACGGGAGACUCCUGGAGCUGUUCUGUAGGAGUGACCAGAGAUGUGUGUGUGUUCUCUGCACAGAGACGGACCACGGGGCUCACGACACUGUUCCAGCGGAGAGAGAGAGUACGGUCAAGAAGGUUCAGAUUAAGAAAACCGGAGCAGAGGUUCAGAAGAUGAUCCAUUUCAGACAAAAGAAGUUGGAAGAGAUCAAACAUUCAGUCAAACUCAACAGAAUAACUUCAAAGAAAGAGAUAGAGGAAGGAGUUCAAGUUUUCACAUCUCUGGUGCGCUCUAUUGAGAGAAGCCAGGCUGAGCUGAUCAAGGUGAUCGAGGAGAAGCAGAAAGCAGCAGAGAGGCGAGCUGAAGGGCUCAUUAAAGACCUGGAGCAGGAAAUCAACGAGCUGAGGAGGAGACACUCUGAGCUGGAGCAGCUCUCACACACAGAGGACCACCUCCAUCUCCUACAGAGCUUGCCAUCCCUGCGCAGCCCUGCACUCACCAAGGACUGGUCUGAGAUCAGUAUUCACAGUGACCUGUGCUUGGGGAUUGUGAGGAGUGCUACAUCCCACCUGGAGGAGAUCAUGAGGAUGGCUGUGCACCAGCUGUCGAUUAAAGAACAUGAGAAGGUGCAGGAAUACGCAGUUGAUGUAUCUCUGAACCCAGACACUGCCAAUCCAUGGCUGGUCCUGUCUGAGGAUGGUAAACAGGUCUGGGACGGGGACACUGAGCAGAGCCUCCCAGACGAUCCCCAGCGCUUCAACACCGCGCCCUGUGUCCUCGCCAGGGAAGGCUUCUCAACCGGGAGGUGCUACUGGGAGGUCGAGGUCGGUGACAAGACGUCUUGGGACCUGGGCGUGGUCAGAGAGUCCAUUAACAGGAAGGGCGUGGUGACGCUGAGCCCGGAGGACGGCUACUGGACGAUAUGUUUGAGGAGAGGAAGCGAGUACAGAGCAUGUGACAGACAGUCCGUCUUACUCCCCCUAAGGGUGAAACCGUGGAGGAUUGGGAUCUUCGUGGACUACGAGGAGGGGAUGGUGUCGUUUUUUAAUGUAACGGACAGCUCGCAUAUUUACUCUUUUACUGGGUACCACUUUGCUGAGAGGAUGUUUCCUUUGUUUAACCCCGAUAUAAAGGACAACUGGAACAACCAAUCACCACUCAUUAUAUGUCCUGUUGUUGUUGUCAAUGGAGAUGGGACUUUGGAUGAGGAUAUCACAAUAUGACGUGCCACGGAUGACACAUUUCCUUCUUACAUGGAGAAAUGGAAAUCAAAAUAUGCUGUUCAUUUUAUUAAUAAAUAUAGCGUAUAGGUUAUAGGAAUGAUUUUACAGCUGUAUUCACCUCAGAUUGUUUUAAUAAAUGUAUUCAGUACA